AUGUGUAAUGUGCAUUACGAACUACAGUAUUUACUAUAUUUUGUAGGCCACUUGCCGUCGGGAGAUUUUGUAGCACUGGGUAAAACAGGAACAGCAGAAGUGAAAAGAUCCACCAGCCCACAACCACUCGGUCGGAAAGUUUCAGGAAAUGAAAGAAAGAGAGAAGCAUCAAGUAGCUCCUUGUCAACCAGUAGUAAAAAACCUAAAUUAUCACCUCAGACUUUCACCCCACUAGGACGCAAUGAUGGAGAUAAACGAGCAUCCCCUGCUCCUGUUAUACAUGCAUAUGAAGAGUCUGCUAUAGAUGUGAAAUCUAGCGAUUUAUAUAAUGAAGUUGUGGAAGCUGAGAUAGAUGGAGAUGAUGAGAGAGUAGAAGGAUUAUUAUGUGGUUCUGUGAAACAUCUGAAAUUAAACAGAUCUAAACCUGAUCCUAUUGUGUAUUUGACUGUCAUGUAUCUAGCUAAAACCAAAUCAGCUCUCUUCUGUAGUGAGGUUGUCAUUGAUGCAUUUUGUAGUUUGUUAAAGAGAGACAUGUCCAUCAAUUUUAAAUCGAAGGGAAAUCCCCUAGUCUCCGUGUUUGCGUGUAAUGUUCUGUUAUCAGCCUUUGCAGAAGAAGAAAACUGGCCUGAUAACUUUGUUAAGGUAUAUGUUGAAGAUUCAUUAGGGGAAAGAGUCUGGGUUGAUCGUGAUGACUGUAAAACUUUUGUUGAGAAUAUCCAGACAGCAUUUGGGACGAAAAUUCCACCUAAAAAUCUAUUGGUGGGCUCUGGUGAACCUAGUGGAGAGAAAACUAGUCCUUCUAGUCCUCAGAUCAAUCUAUUUGAUGAAGAAGAAGUAUCGAAGGGAUCUGAAGGGUCAGACAGUACUAAGAGUAACCUAUCAGAAGAUACAGUUCCUGUCUUUGAAAGGUACCCAUGUCAACAAGAACAUAUAGAGUCCUACAUCUUAGACUUAAUCCGAGAACAGCUAAAUAGACGUCAACCAAUGGAUGCUACAGCUAGAAACUUGAUAAGACUCAUGACAGCUACUUGUGGCUACUCUGAAGUCAGAACUUUGGCCAGUCAGAGACUAGAAAUGUGGCUACAGAAUCCCAAGCUUGCCAGGACAGCCCAGGAUCUGUUGAUGUCUGUUUGUAUGAACUGUGUAAAUCAUGAUAAAGCUGAUAUAGAGGUUAUAGCUCAAGUGAUAAAGAUACGACUGAAAACAAAACCUUUAAUUAAUCAUUAUUUAAACUGUGUCAGAGAGUUAAUCAGUGGUCAUGCAGAUAAUCUAAAGAUGAUAUUGAAUCUAACAAUAUAUAAUGAAUUAUCUACAGCUAGAAACCCCAAUAAUAUGUCUUUAUUGGGUGUUUUAUUUGGUUCCUCUACAGACCAAGCUUCAAAGAUAUUGGCGGAAAUAUUCCAAGAUUUAUUAACCAAUAAAGAUGAUUAUUUACGAGCGUUACGGGCGUUAUUUCGAGAGAUUAUACGAUCAUUACGACAUGAAUUUAAUUUUACGUUAUUUUGUCUGGGAUUGAUGACAGAGAGAAAUGAACCAAAGUUUAGUGAUAUAGAAGUGGAGAGAUAUGUUCUAUCCAUAACAGACUUGAUAACCCUGUCUAUACUACUAGGAGUGACACCUAGUGUCAGAGAAGCUGUAGCAGCUAUAGCAAGAGGAGAUAACAAAGAUAUUGAAGUUAUCAAGAGUUUUAAGAACCAAGUAUCUGUUAUACAGAGAGAUUGUGUAUGGUGGUUACAUACUACAGUACCUAAACUAAUGUCAGAUAAACCUACAGAAUAUGUUCAUUGUUUACAUAAAGUUCUAUUUAUGGAAAGUGUAGAACAUUAUUAUAAUAAAGAUAACUGGCCACCAGAGGGAGAUAGGAAUAUGAUGUUACGACUAUCAACUGAAUCUCCUGUGUUAGAAGAUACAUUAAUGAGAAUAUUAGUAAUAGGUCUGUCUCGAGAGUUACCUCUCACUCCAGUUGACGCUGUGGAACUUGCUGAUCAGCUGAUCAAACGAGCUGCUGGACUGAAUCAGGAGUUGGGUUUAGAAGUAUUACAGGUAGAAAGAUUAGAAUUAAUAGAUGCUUUGUUAAACCUCUGUACCUACAGAUAUCCUGAAAAUAUCACUCUACCUAAAGGGUAUACUCCCCCUACUCUAGCUAUUUCAGCUCUAUACUGGAAAGCCUGGUCUAUGUUACUUACUCUGACAGCUUUUAAUCCUGGUACCUUUGGUCUAGCAGCUUGGGAUAAUUAUCCUACAUUAAAAGUUCUGAUGGAGAUGGUCAUGACUAAUAAUUAUAAAUUUCCCCCACCAACCACUGCUACUGAUGAAAAAUUGAUAGAAGAUAUCAAAAACAGAGAGAGACAGAUCCAUCAGAAAGAAGUACAGGAGAUUAUAGAGUUUGAAACACAUCUAGCUGGUAAAACUACUAUAACAGAAGUUAAUAGUCAUUUAGUUAAUCAACUAACUACCAUGGACCCUAGUGGUAUAGCUAGAAAUCCACCAGGUAAAGUUCUAGAACAGUUGAAAAUAUUAAACAGUAAUCUAAAGAUAGGACAAAUGUUAUGUCGAAACAGAAACCCUGAUUUCUUACUGGAUGUCAUUCAGAGACAGGGUACGUCUCAGUCUAUGCCGUGGUUAGCUGAACUAGUAGAGUCUAGUGAAGGCUCAUUAGAUGUACUACCAAUACAAUGUUUGUGUGAAUUUUUACUCCAUGAAACUGAAGAAGAAGAAAAUAAAGUAGAAUUUUUAUCAGAUGAUGAUUCUAUACGGGCUGAUAAACAACGCAAAAAACAGAAAAGAAUAAAACAACAACAACUACUAGGCAGACUCCAGGCUUUGGUUCAUGAUAAGAGUUCCGAUUCCAGAACCAUGUACGAAGUUUUAGAUUAUUUCUUACAACGUUUGUCAUCAACACAGUCUAGUUCCAGAGCCCAGGCUAUAAGGGGUCUAUCAAUGGUGGUAUCACGAUCAGAAUUAGAUAAAGAUGUUGCCAUGGAAACAGAAGAAGAGGAGACAACUCAUACAUGGUUGUUGAAACAUUUACCGUCUGUUCCACAGUUCCAUGAGAUCAAAGGUCAAACAUGCUUAGCUUUACGCAGUGCGUGUCAGAUAGAAACAAACCCUAAUUUAAUCAGUGCCUAUAUAAUAUUCCUGUCAAGAUAUGCUAUGGAUCAAACUUUACAAGAUUUAGAUAAUCUAGCUCUGGACAUGGCACAGUUAAUAGUAGAAAGAACAUCAAUUAUAAAUCAUAUUUUACCAGCUGAAGGAUCUAAACGAACUCCUAUGGAAGAUCAGACUCUAGCUGCUUUGAUAGAUCUAUAUAUGAACUAUCUUAUCAAAGCUACAGAACAAGAUAAAGAAGCUUAUAACUGGUCCAAUACACAAGAUCAGAUCAUCUUACAAUGGCCAUCAGGAAAAUCAGCCACCAUGCAUAUAUUAGCUGUACACGCUAUGAUUAUAUUGUUGACAUAUGGUGCUCCUGAAGCUGAGCAGGAUAAGUUCAAUGAUUUCCUGUCAAUGUGGUUUCCAGAGAAAGGAACGCUACCGACAGCGUUUCUAUUGGAUACCUCAGAGGAAGCCUUACUGUUACCUGAUUGGCUGAAAUUAAAGAUGAUAAGGUCAAGUGUAGAUAGACUAGUUAUGGCUGCUUUAGAAGAAUUGGAGCCUGCUCAACUAUUACUGUUUAUUCAAUCAUUUGGUAUACCAGUGAGUAGCAUGGGCAAGUUAUUACAGUGUUUAGAUCGAGCUAUGGAUUGUAACGCUGAUAGUCUUCAACAGGCAGUGGUAGAUAAAUCAUACAUGGCCCAGCUAAUAGAAAUACAACAUAUGAGAGGUGCUCAGGGUGGUGAUAAGUUCUACGAGUUAUUGACUCAAACUAGUCCACCAAGAAAAGUAAAUGAGAGUAUGGAAGAGGAAAAGACUGGAAGACCGUGGCUAAUUAAAUCAGAUAGUUCAUCCAGUCUUCAAUAUGGUCCUACAGAAUUAGUUCAUGUUUUACUGCAGAUAUUUUCAGAACAGAAAUCAUCACAAUCAGAUGCUAUGAAACUUUUACAGAAUUUAAUCAAGAAGACUUCUGAACUAAUACAGGUCAUAUUGAAGGUAUUAACAUUUAAAUUUUUAUUAGAAAUUGUUCUUGAUUUGAUGGAAUAUGCCGUUGGUUUCAACUUCAUUAUCAAUCUGCAUGUGUUCAGUUUUUCGAUAAUCUGCUACACUGGAAUUUGUCUUGUAGAAAACAGAUGUCAACUAAUAGGUGAAAUUAUUAUUCAAUAUUUCUUGGGAUUCAAAUUCAAAGUUUUCCAUUUCAAUGGACGUCUUUCUUUUGAAAGUGAUACAGUGAAAUUUACCGUUAGAAUUGUUAACAUUGAAUUUUGUUGUGGGAUUCUCUCAGAUGUCUUUCAUAAACUGAGGCAUAGUUACACAGGUCAAAGUUCACCCUUUUCUGCUGUGAUUGGUCAGUAUUUAAAAGGUGAAAGGUCACAGAGUGCUCCUGAAGCAACAUCCUUUGUAGAGAAGUACAGUAUAGAAGGCAGUGUGAAACUAGAAAGACUGGUAGAUAAAACAAUCAAACAGUCAAUAGACUCAUCCUCCCAGUCUUCUGCUAGUGAUCUAGUCUACAAUACUUUACUCCAUUCACAACAAAGGUAUGGUUUAAAACACCCGAACUAUUAUAUUAGUAAUUUAAACACCAUUCCUGCAUCAGCAGCCUCUCUGUUUAUUGAUUGGCUAGAAUUAUUAGAACCUGAGCUCAUCCAAUCAAAUCCUACCUUACAAAAACAGUUGAUAUUUGCUAAGAAGAUAACCAAUGGGAAGAGCUGUACUAAGACUAAGAAUCAUCCGUAUUUAUUAGCUAUGUUAACACAUCAGAGUAGUUGGUCCACCCUCAAUAGAUGUAUUAAUGAACUAUUAGAUACAGAUGCUGUAACCAGCUAUGACGCAUCAUCUGUGUUAGAUUUUCUAUGGGCAUGUCUUCAUAUUCCUAAAAUAUGGCAGGGUAGAGACCAAACAUCAAAAAGGAAUGAGCUCCAGGAUGAUGUUCUUGGCUUAAACCAAAAACAGAUUCUUACAGUGGUAGAUUAUAUCAUAGAGGAGGUGUUCACAUCACAUGACCAGAAUUCAACCAAUGAGAAACUAGAUAUGAGUUGCCGUAUGGAGUUAUUAGAAGCCUGUUUAUGUCAUGAUGAUACUAGAGUAAGACUAGUUGUACAACAUAUACAGAAACAGAUAGCUGGUGAUAGUCCUAAGAAAGCAGUAUAUGAGAAACUACUAUUAGAACUUUAUCUACAGUUUCCCUAUCUACUAUCAUGGAUAUCUAAUUCUCAACUCUUCUUAUCUCAAGUUUAUGAAUCAGAUAGAGGCAAGAGUCAGUUGGAUGUAAUAUCUCACCGGUUAAUAACAGCUCUAGGUGAGGCUAAAGCUGGUAAAAUGGCUGAAAGUAAGAUGUAUGAUGCUAAUAUAGCUUGUCGUAAACUAGCUUCUGAACACCCUCUCUUAAUACUCAGGUUAUUACCGAUGAUAGCAGCUUUAUUACAAGGGCGUACAGCAUUAAAUUUUACAGAGUUCCGUAACCAGAAUUAUUUACUGUUAUUCUCCCAUGUAUUGGGUAUAUUAGAUAUUCUACAACCUCAUAUAUUUAACUGUCAGAUAUCAGCUCUACAACUUAUCUAUGAUGCUUAUUUUAAUCUUAUUGAUAAACAUGGUAAAGAUAAUCGACAACUGGGAGGAUUGAUUGUAAAAUUUAUUUCUUUCUUACAACAUUUUGUUAGUUUUGAUUCAUCGAAAGCAGGAAAAAUAUUACAGAAAUAUGUCAACAUUUUAAGCGCUGUAUCACAAGCCUAUCCUAGUAUAUCAGAACUAAAAGCCUUGUUAGCCAGUUUAACAUUACCACCUCACAGUCAGAAUGAGGCUAGCGAGGUUCGGGAGAAAUCACCAGCUAUAAUGUCAACUCUACAUUCUGAUACUUUAUGGACACCAGCCCAGCUCGCUCCUUUUUUAAAGAAAUUUAGAAAAGGAUCUUUAGACGAAGUGCUACAGGUAUUACAUGAUUUAGAUGAGACUAGUAAAAGAAGAGUUGAAGUGUUGGCUCAUUUUGAGAGUGAACUACAGAAGUUGAUGUAUGAUGUCAAUGAUAAAUGUAGAAAUACAGCCUUCACUUUAAUAAUGAGACACAUUCGACAAAACCCUAGAAGAUGUAGUGAGUUUGUUCCUGUAUUCUUACAAUGUAUUGAAAGUCGACAUCCUGAUGUUAUUCAGUCAGCUUUAACUAAUCUGGCAGAGUUUACUGUCCUAGCUCAAGAUCAUGUCCAUACCAUCUUACAGAAGACAUUUCUAGUGGGAGUCAAAUCUAACGUUGAAACUAGUAGUUAUAUAAGCGAGACUAUACAGUUACUUAAUCUAGAAACAGCUCAAACAUAG